AUGAAAUUCAUGAAACUUGUGAAAAUUCAAAUUCCACCUUCCACUGCACAAACCGUACACCACCACCACCACAUCCCCAAUGGACUCAGCUACGCCGCAUACGGCCGCCUCAUCCAACACUGCACCAACCACCGUCUCAUCCGCCAAGGCAAGCUCCUCCAUGCUAAACUCAUCCUCUCCUCCGUUACCCUCAACAACUUCUUGGCUUCAAAAUUGAUCACUUUUUACUCUAAAACCAGCAAGCUUUUCGAAGCCCAACAGGUGUUCGAACAACUUCCCAAUAAGAACACUUUCUCAUGGAACGUAUUGUUCAGGGGCUACUCCAUGAACAAGCAUCACACUGAUACACUGAUGCUUUUUCGGUGUUUCUUAUCUGCUUCCUCCAUGUCUAUAAAACCAUAUUAUUACACUGUUACAUGGUAUUCACAAAGAGAGUUAUAUAAUGAAUGCAAGGAAUUAUAUUUUAAAAUGUUGGACUUGGAAGACAUAAGACCGAAUGAAUUCACAAUAAUCAGCAUCCUGGAAGCAUGUGCACAGUCAAACGAUCUUGAUUUAGGAAUGAAAGUUCAUAGAUUUGUUAUAGAUAACGAUAUCAAAACAGAUCUCCCGGUUGUUUAUCAAGAUGUACAUGCUACAUGGUUUUGUAAUGGAAGCCAUGAAUCUUUUCAGGGCAAUGAAAAAACCAUGUUUGAGUAUAUGGAAUGCUGUGAUCUCAGGAUUAUUGACACCUACACUAAGUUAGGUUUUCUCGAUAGAGCCCGCAUAGUUUUUGACCGAUCAGAAAAGAAAAGUGUAAUCAUAUGGAGAUCGAUAAUUUCAGCAUAUUCAUCACAUGGAGAUGUAAAUACAACUCUUGAUCUAUUCAAUCAAUUGACUAAAGAAGGAAUAUAUCCAGAUCCUAUGAUCGUCACAUCUGUAUUAUCAGCUUGUGCUGAUCAUUCUGGAUAUGUAAAUGAAGCUUUGAGUAUAUUUAAAUGUAUAAGGCCUAAAUAUGGUAUUCAGCCUUCAAUGGAGGAUUAUGAUUGUAUGGUAAGUAUUUUGAUCAAGGCUUCGAAGCUAUAUGAAGUUGUGAAGUUGAUAGAGGAAAUGCCUUUUCAGCCUACUGGAGAAAGGUGGGAUGCAUUGUUUAAAGAGGCUUGA